AUGAUCACAGUCAUUGAACAACCUGAUCUUGGCUCACAUUUUGAAGGAAAAAACGUGCAUGCUGAAGAAACCAAUGAGCUUGUGUUGGAAGUUGAAUUUCCCCUGCCAAAGCUGAUGUCAGAGGAUGAAUUUAAGGCCCCAGAAAUGAAUGCAUUUGGCCACUCCUUCAGAAAUUAUGCUGAAGAAAGCGAGAGGCAAAAGGGUGUGGAGGAAUUUUAUAGGCUGCAACACAUCAACCAGACGUAUGACUUUGUCAAGAGAAUGAGGGAGGAAUAUAUGAAAUUAGACAAAGGAGAAAUGGGUAUAUGGGAAUGUUGUGAGCUACUUAAUGAAGUGGUGGAUGAUAGCGAUCCUGAUUUGGAUGAACCUCAAAUUCAACAUUUGUUGCAAUCAGCUGAGGCCAUCAGAAAAGACUAUCCUAAUGAAGAUUGGCUACAUUUGACCGCUCUUAUCCAUGAUCUUGGAAAGAUUCUUCUCCUUCCUAGCUUUGGUGAACUUCCUCAAUGGGCAGUUGUUGGAGAUACAUUUCCUCUAGGCUGCGCUUUUGAUGAAUCAAAUGUUCACCAUAAGUAUUUCAAGGACAACCCAGAUUUCAAAUGUCUUGCUUAUAACACUAAAAAUGGGAUCUACACUGAAGGAUGUGGACUAGACAACGCAGUGAUGUCAUGGGGACAUGAUGAUUACAUGUAUUUGGUUGCUAAGCAAAAUGGUACUACUUUGCCAUCACCAGGAUUGUUCAUUAUUAGAUACCACUCUUUCUAUCCUUUACACAAGGAAGGUGCAUAUACUCACUUGAUGAAUGAAGAAGAUAUUGAGAAUUUGAAGUGGCUCAAAAUAUUCAACAAAUAUGAUCUCUACAGCAAGAGCAAAGUUUUAAUUGAUGUUGAAGAAGUUAAGCCAUACUAUCUUUCACUCAUUGAGAAGUAUUUCCCAGCGAAGCUUAAAUGGUGA